AUGCCGCCUACAUACAAACCGCGACGCCCAUCUCCAUCUCCAUCUCCAUCUCCAUCGCCAUCGCCAUCGCCAUCGAUUGUUUCCUUGACGACGGCAUCGAGAGAGCGCGCGGCAAUGGCGAUCUCCUCGGCCCCGGUGGCGCCGCGGCGCCGCAGGUCGGCGGUGCUCCUGAUGGUGAACUACGCGGCGCUGCUGGUCGGGUCGGUGGCCUCGAGCCUGCUGUCCCGGUUCUACUUCGAGCACGGCGGGCAGAACAAGUGGGUGGUCACGCUGGUGCAGUCGGCGGGGUUCCCCACGCUGGUGGUCGCGGUGUUCCUCGCCGGCCGCCCCGCCUCCGUGCCGCGGCCGUUUCUUUGGUUCUCGCGGCGGUUCCUGGCCGUGUGCCUCGUCAUCGGCGGUCUCAUGGGCGUCAACAACCUUCUCUUCUCCUACAGCUCCUCGCUCCUGCCCGUGUCCACCUCGUCGCUGCUGCUCUCCACGCAGCUUGCCUUCACGCUCGUCCUCGCCGUCGCCAUCGUCCGUCACCCGCUCACCUUCGUCAAUCUCAACGCCGUCGUGCUCAUGACGCUCUGCUCCGUGCUCCUCGCCCUCCGGUCAGGCGACGCCGGCGAGAGCCCGGACAGGAAGGGGUACAUCAUCGGCUUCGUCGUCACGCUCGGUGCCGCAGGGCUCUUCUCUGCAUACCUGCCGGUGAUGGAGCUGUUGUAUAGGGAGGUGGUCUCCGGCGGGUUCAUCCUGGCGGUGGAGGUGCAGGCAGUGAUGCAGGCCAUGGCGUCCGUCGUGGCAGCGAUCGGGCUCGCGGCGACCGGCGGCUUCGCCAACGACGUGGCCCCCUGGAAGGGGUCCCACGCCGUUUACUGGGUCGUGGUGGCAACGUUGGUCGUGACAUGGCAGGCGUGCUUCAUGGGCACCGCCGGCGUGAUCUACUUGACGUCGUCGCUCCACAGCGGCGUGUGCAUGGCGGCGGUGCUCACGGCCAAUGUCAUUGGCGGCGUCGUCGUGUUCGGCGACCCGUUUGGCGCCGAGAAGGCCGUCGCCACCGCGCUCUGCGUCUGGGGCCUGUCCUCCUACCUCUACGGCGAGUACACCAAGAGCAAGAAGAAAGCCGCCGAUGAUCAGGACGAGGACAGAAUCCUCUCCGCCGCCCGUGACGACGGCGAGAGCGUGCACAAGAGCCUCACGGCCGCCGUUCUCGAGGCCGUCGAAACCGUUUGA